AUGCCCCGCGCAUUUCCACCCGUAGAGCAAAAUGAUAAAACGAAACGAGCAAACGCGCCUAGGAGCCCUUUAUCAGCAUCUCUUGUUGAGAGCAUAGCCGGAUUCAGCGCCGGUGUCGUCUCUUGCCUCGCCGCACAUCCACUCGACUUGUUGAAGAACCGACUGCAGCUCAAUACACAAAGCCGAUCGCGACCUGGUGACUCGUAUCGAAUACUUCGAAACGUCAUCAAAGACGAAGGGGGCGUACGCGCAUUGUACAGAGGGCUAUGGCCAAACUUGUUGGGCAAUAGUCUAGGCUGGGGCUUGUACUUCCUCUUCUAUGGCAAUCUGAAAGAACUAUUCCAAAGUAGAAGGCAAAAAGGAGAGCAUCUUGGGAGUGCUGAGUUCUUUUCCGCGAGCAUCAUUGCUGGCCUUCUCACUGGUGCUUGCACAAACCCUAUAUGGGUAGUGAAAACCCGUAUGCUUGAGCGCGGCGCGAAUCAUCCCUCUGCAUACAAGUCGAUGACCUUUGGUCUCCGUCACGUAUACGAAACUCGAGGAUUGACGGGGCUAUGGGCAGGCUUUUUGCCUUCGUCUCUGGGUGUACUACAUGGUGCAGUACAAUUUAGCAUUUAUGAGAAUAUGAAGAAGAGACGGGGAACACACAUUGGCGGGCAAGAUAAGCUAAGCAAUUGGGAGUACGUCUACAUGAGCGGCGGAAGCAAACUACUAGCUGGAGCGAUCACGUAUCCGUAUCAGCCAAUAAGAGCGAGGUUGCAACAGUACAAUGCCGCUCAGCAGUACAACGGACUGCUGGAUGUGCUUAGGAAGACUUAUCAGAACGAAGGAUUCCUGGCGUUCUACAAAGGUGUUAUUCCCAAUACGCUGCGAGUUAUCCCAACCACUGUCGUCACGUUCCUGGUUUACGAAAACACCAAAUUAUAUUUGCCAAAGGUCUUUGACGACGACGAGCAGCAAAGCCACGACGAAGACUAG